AUGAAUCGCAAGAGAGGAAACGUCCAUGAAGGAUUUGACACUGCCAAAAAAAACAAAACCGCAUCAUGCAGUGAUAUGCCUAACCUUGAAGAGAUUCAGAGGUUUUCUAAUCCCAUCUCAAUCCAGCCGAUUCCUUUGAGUUCAAUUUACUUUAGACUCUUCGAAACUCUUGAGAAUCAACAUGUUCCAAACUACACUAUUCCUCCAUAUCAACAAAUACGCAAGCUUUCACCACAAACACCUUUAAAUAAAAGAAGAUGUAUCCUUGGUCUCGAAAAGAUAAAAGACCAAGUGAAUGACACCCCAGUGUUAAGCAGUUGCUUGACCUCAUUAUCAAGGUUCAUUGAUACAGAUAGCCAGCAAGUUUUUGAAUGUUCUUCUCUAGAGAAUACUGAUACUGAAAAUGGGGACUCUGAUUUAGAUGAUCAUAUGGAUUAUGAGCCAGAGGUUGAGCCAAACAAUAGUGAGAGAAUGGCACCUAAUUCAGAACACAUUGUUGGUGUUGUAAAGGCGCCAAAACCACCUAACCAAAAGUGUUUUAGUGAAAACGAGUACUUAGAUGAAGGUGAUCCGGACUACAACUGUUCUCAUUGUGGUGCUAUCAUGUGGUAUGGAGAACGGCUAAACAAGCGGAGAAACGCAAAGAAUCCUACAUUUUCAUUAUGUUGUAUGCAAGGACAAGUGAAAUUGCCGUUGUUGAAGGAACCACCACCAGUUUUAAAAAAUCUCUUGCAAGGAGAUGAUCCAAGAAGCAGACAUUUUCAACGACAUAUAAGGCCGUACAAUAUGGUUUUUUCCUUCACUUCUCUUGGUGGAAGAGUAGAGAGGUCUCUGAAAAAAGGUAGAGGCCCUGAUAUGUUUCAGCUUCAAGGAGAAAAUUAUCAUUUAUUGGGUGCGGGUAUCACACCACCUGAGGGGAGUGAACCAAAGUUUGGACAGCUAUAUAUAGUUGAUACGGAGAAUGAAGUUGAGAACAGAGCAAAAUGUUUAAGCUUGGGUAAACGGCCAUUCCAGGUCAAGAAAAAGGAUCAUCUCAGAAAAGAUAUUAUAGAGACUUUGAUGAAGAUGUUGAAUGAAGUCAACCCAUACGUUAAAAAGUUUAGAUCAGCCAGAGACCGCUUCAAUACAGAUCCUGAAAAUUCUUUUCAUAUGAGGAUUGUUAGUGAAAGGUUAAAGGAUGGAAGGACGUAUAACACACCCACAGCCUCUGAGGUUGCUGCGCUGAUUCCUGGAGAUUUUAGUCUUGAUAUGGACAGAAGGGAUAUUGUUCUUCAAAAAAAUUCAGGAAAACUACUGAGGAUAAACGAGAUUCAUGCUUCAUAUCUUGCACUUCAGUAUCCUCUUUUGUUUACAUAUGGUGAAGAUGGAUUCAGACUUGGUAUUAAGAAAGGAGCAACAGAGAAGACAAAAAAACACAAGAAGCCUAAUAUCAGUAUGAGGCAAUGGUUUGCUUUUCGCCUGCAUGAGCGUAAGAACGAAUCGCAUUCUCUCCUACAUUCUAGAAGACUAUUUCAGCAGUUUGUGGUGGAUGCCCUCACAACGAUUGAGUCUAAUCGUUUGCGAUAUCUGAAGUUAAACCAGCCUUCUUUGCGAUCAGAUAGCUAUGACUCUAUUAAAGAAUCUGAGAACGCAGGAAAAGUGGAUAUGAAUGAGCAAGGAACUGAGUUUACAUUACCAGCUUCAUUCGUAGGGAGUCCUAGAUAUAUGAAGAAUUGUUACUUGGAUGCUAUGGCAAUAUGUAAGCAUUUUGGAUUCCCUGAUUUUUUCAUCACUUUCACAUGUAAUCCCAAAUGGCCAGAGAUCACAAGAUAUGUUAAGGCAAGGAAGCUGAAGGCUGAAGACAGAUCAGACAUUAUCUGUAGGAUUUUCAAGAUCAAACUUGAUUCAUUGAUGGAUACUCUAACCAAAAAAAAUAUUUUGGGAGAGACACAGUCAUCUAUGUACACAAUUGAGUUCCAGAAACGGGGUUUACCACAUGCUCACAUUCUCUUAUUCAUGAAGAAGUUAAAGAAGCCUACAACAGACGAUAUUGACAACUUCAUUUCCGCUGAGAUUCCUAACAAGAAGGAUGAACCAGAACUGUAUGAGGUCAUUAAAGAUAUGAUGAUUCAUGGUCCAUGUGGACGAGCUAAUACUAAUUCUCCAUGUAUGGAGAAUGGCCGUUGCUCUAAGUCAUUUCCUAAAUCAUUUUCUGAGAAGACUACUAUUAAUAAGGAAGGAUUUCCGGUUUACAAGAGGCGUGAGCAGUCAGAGAACUUUGUUAUGAAGAAUGGAGUGAGAUGUGACAAUCGGAGUGUCAUUCCUUAUAACCGGACGUUAUCUCUUCUUUACAGAGCUCAUAUCAACGUCGAGUGGUGCAACCAAGUUGGGUCUAUAAAGUAUUUAUUCAAAUACAUUAAUAAAGGACAGGAUCGUGUCACAGUUGCUGUUGAACCACCAGACAACAUUGUUGCAAGUGAGUUAGGAGAUGUUGAGCUUAAUAAAGAAAAUCUUGAUAAGAAAAGGAAUGAACUAAAGGAAUUCUUCGAUUGCAGAUACGUGUCAACGUGUGAAGGAACUUGGAGAGUAUUCAAAUUUCCUAUUCACUAUCGAUCAACUGCUGUUGAGAAGCUUAGUUUCCAUCUCCCCGGAAAGCAAGUUAUUACAUUCAAAGGGAAAGACAAAUUGAAGGCAGUUGUCACCCGGAAGCUCAUUCAAAAUACAAUGUUCUUAGCUUGGUUUGAGUUGAACAAGAUUGACUCCUUCGCAAGAACAUUGACCUAUGCUCAGAUCCCAAGCUUCUAUACUUACGACAAAAGGUCAAAGAAGUUCAACAGGAGGAAACGGGGAUUUGCUUUGGGGAGGAUUAACUAUGCGCCUAGGAGCCAAGAAGAUGCUUAUUACUUGCGUGUAUUGUUGAAUGUUGUCAGAGGACCCACAAGUUAUGAGGACAUUAAAACAUACCUAGAUGUUCUCUAUCCGAGCUACAAAGAAGCAUGUUAUGCUCGUGGGUUAUUAGAUGAUGAUCAGGAGUACAUUGAUGACAUAGUAAGAAGAAGUUUUGAGAGCACAGCAAGUGAGCUGCGGAAAGUGUUUGUUAUGAUGCUUAUGAGUAACACUUUGUCUAAACCAGAGUCUGUUGUUGAGUGA